AUGUCACAGUCCAUCAUCCGGCCGACGAUCGUGGCCCCGGGAGUCUUCCUAUUGCCCCGCUUGAGACCUGAUGGGCGCCUGGUGGAGGUGGAUCUGAAGCCUGGGGGAGUGCCAGCAAGUCUACCGAGACUCGCAGCAAUCGACCACGGGGGCAGGUUCGUUUGCCUGUGCGGAGACGGCAGAGCGUGCAGGGAGCAUGACCUCAGCUUCCUCGAGCGAGCGGCUGCCGGGUGGUGGGCCGGGCCCAUGUCCGGAGAUGUGGGGGGCUACUUUCAGCCGUUCAUCCGACCACAUGUGCCAUUCGCGCUUGAGGUCACCCUCGGAGAUGCCGCGGGCAUCAUUCCGAUCGAUCGGAACGGCAUGCUCGGGCCAAGGUUGGAGGGGCUCAAUGCCCAGGCAUGGCGGGGGCCUCGGCUCAGAGUCUUUGCAGUCGUUGGGACAGAGCCGGACGGCAACGCGGUGUGCAGCUUGGGACUGGGCGGGCGGCCUCACUGCGACCGGUGCAAGGUGGUUAACCAUGAGCAGAGCCUCUGCUCGCAUCUGCAGCUGGUAGUCGAAGCUGGGAGCGCCUCUGUGAGGCGAGGUGCUGUGCCCUCGCCGGCUCGAGGAGCCUCCCAGCGCAGAGAGAGGGUCGAGGUGUUGGAGGCGCUCCGGGAGUCAGGGGAGCGGUUGACGGUGUGCAAUGACCCGACCUGCCGUUCUUUGGAUUUUGCGGGCCCUUGCGCACACGCUCGCGAGGAGUGGCUCUGUCCACCGGCGGCGGCGUUGGACAUGGGGCACUCACACAAGGCCAUUGACACGGUGAUGAGCCGCGGGGGGCGGGCGGUGGUCGACUCCUGCGAGCGAUGGGGGGACAGCGGCGUGGCACAGCGCGAUGCUGCCAAGCACUUUUGCGGUCCGAGGCCGCUGGAAAGUGCAGCGCCGUGCGUGAGGCGGUGGGUGCUUGAGAGUCGAGAGGGCAUGCUGACCAUGGCGGGGGCACGCUACUCCGUGACCGUGCAUCGGAGGGUGUGUGCAAUCCAGCCGGGCAGAGUGGCUGCAUGCUGCAGCCUGGCGUACGAUGGGCAGGAGGAUGGGAUCUUUAACUUCUCCGGCACCAAUCUCAUCUCCCACGGCCUGCUGCUGCGCAACCACUUUGCGGCCGCUCUGGGUGCCUCCCACACCCUGGGCUUCGACGCAAACGAUAUGGCUGCGGCCAGCUUGGACGGGCCCGGAGCGCCCCGCCUGGACGAUAGGGUCUUUGACUCCGCCAUGAGGGCCUUCAACGACCUGGCGGCCAGGCCCAUUCAGCAUGCGUGCAAGCGGCCGGAUUGCUCGCACCUGUACACUUCGGAGGUGCUAGCAGCCGAGGCGGCUGCUCGGGAAAGGGGCACGCCUCUCUCACGGGAGCGGACGGAGGGUGAUGCGGACCAGCUGGAGACUUACGCCUUUGGUCCGGACAAGGUGAUCACGUUCGACGGAACUUUCUUUCCCAACGCGAGCGCCAUGCGGGAUGUCAGGGAGAGUGGGCUCCACAGCAUCACGGAGCCAGGCCCGGGGGCUCCCACGGUGGGUGGCGGCUUUACCCCGUUGAGCGUGGGAGGGUUGUGGCCGACCGAUGCUCCGAGGGAGCUAAUCGACUGCGAGUGGAAAUACCGCAACGGCCUAUCGGAGCUCACGCCGUCGGUGCGCGCGGCCGCCAUGCGGUGGUGCAACUUUAGGAAAGCACCGAAGGGCUGCAGCAAUGCCCCGCUCACUCCAGACGAGUUUCUAGCGAUGCGGGCGGGACUCCCAAAGAACGUGCAGGCUUUGGUCGACCUGGUGACGGAGAGCGCCCCGUGCACACAGCGCAAUUGCCGGGCCUGCGAGCGGGUGCCAAAGCGGCCAUGGAUGGGAACAGGGCUG